UCCUUUUUGGCUAAUGGCGCUGAACAAUGGCGAAUGUUGACCUCGGAUGGCCGACUCUACUUUCUUGACAGUGAUGACUUCGGUCCCCUUGGGUUAGAACAGAUCGCCACGGUUAUGGCCAAGCCUAGUUGGGGCAAACCAGGCCCAUCUGGCAUGAUAAGGUCUGGAAGGACAUUAAUGGAGAGAAAAGAUGGAAGACAGAAUAUUGGAGCCAAAUCGGACUCCGGCUUCGUGGACCAAAAUAAUCCUGCCCUCUCUGGCGUCCCCGACGAAGUAGGCAUCAUGGGGCCCUUACCUUUUUCUCAAAGACGACAGCCUUUUGUGGCGGCCACUUAUAUAUCGAAAUUGCGCUGUGUUUCUAAAAAGGUCGGUUUUGCUGAUUUAAAUUCCCCUUUUGGCAAGCUUUAUGGUGUCAUCCAAAUAGUUGGAAGCCCGAAAGCUAUGCCUUGA